AUGGCAUCGGCCAUAUAUCAGAAGCGACAUCAUGCCCUCUCCCGCCACGAAGAGGGCCCGCCUAGACCAAGGACAGGGACUCAGCAGAAUGAGAGAGAAAUAGUCUACGCAUUGGAGAAGCUCGAACCAAAAGUAAAGUGGCCACAAAAGAUGAGGUCAGAUCCAAGCAACAGAAAGUCAGAUGCCCUCUGCGAGUUCUACCAAGAGCGAGGUCACAAAUCUGAGGACUGCAUCGCCCUAAGGCAGGAGGUCGUAAACAUGUUUCACCAAGGACACCUCAAAGAAUUGUUGAGCGAUCGGAAGAGAACCAACUUUGACCGAGGACGUGAACAACACCAGGGACCUCCGAAACCACCCUCACAGACCCGCACCAUUCAAAUGAUCAUCGGGGGCAGUGACGAUGCUUCAAUCAACAUCAUAAAGUUCACCACAACACACAAGCUUAAACGGUCGAUCACUCAUGAAUGGUAUUACGAACUCGAAGAAAGUAUCAUUAGCAAUAAGUCAGAUACCCACGGUUUGGUUUUCCCUCAUUAUGAUGCCCAUGUUAUCACUUUAUGA